UAGGCCUACAGCUCUUUUGGCAAAAGUAACUAAAGUAAUGCAAAAUUAGUGCAAUGCCUUGCAUUUUAAAUAUAGUAAUAUUGUAGUGUAAGGGAUUAUUUUGGAAAGACAGUAACAUGUAAUCAGUAAUGCAUUAAAUUUUUUGAGUAACUUGCCCAACACUGACCAUGACAGCCAAAUCAAUUAGACGAGUGUUAAGCUUUUUUUUCUUAAUGCACCACUGAUUUUCCCUUAAGUAAAAAAAGAUAUUUGCAUCUUUGCACAUGUAGAACUAAAAUGGACCUGGAAGAAAUAUCCCCCCUAAAACAUUUUGUGGUAGCCAAGAGGACUAUCAGCGCUAUAUUUGACCUGCUACAAGACUUUGCCAAGGAUGCCUCUGGGUUUGUGGAGGAGACGCUGCACAGCGAGGACCUGGAGCAGGUGGCCUCGGAGGAGCAGUGUGAGCAGAUGCAGGCCUGCAUGAAGAAGCUGGCCACCAUUAGAGAGGUGCUGGCCCGCAGGCACAUGAAGGUGGCCUUCUUUGGCAGGACGAGUAACGGCAAGAGCACGGUCAUCAACGCCAUGCUGCGAGAGCGGGUGCUGCCCAGUGGCAUCGGCCACACCACCAACUGCUUCCUGAGCGUGGAGGGCACCGAUGGAAAGACUGCCCACCUCACCCCCGAGGGCUCGGACGAGAAGCAGAACAUCGAGACGGUGAAUCAUCUUGCCCAUGCCCUCCACAUGGACCGGAGCCGAGACUCGGGUUGCCUGGUCCGCAUGUUCUGGCCCAAGACCAAGUGUGCCCUAUUGAGAGACGACCUCGUGUUGAUGGACAGUCCAGGCAUCGAUGUCACCUCCGAGCUCGACAGCUGGAUAGACAAGUUCUGUCUGGAUGCUGACGUCUUUGUGCUGGUGGCCAACGCAGAGUCCACCCUGAUGAACACGGAGAAACACUUUUUCCACCGCGUGAGUGAGAGGAUAUCGAAGCCCAACAUCUUCAUCCUGAAUAAUCGAUGGGACGUCUCUGCAUCAGAGCCAGAGUACUUGGAAGAUGUGCGAAGGCAACACAUGGAACGUUGUGUCAGCUUCCUGAUGGAUGAGCUAAGGGUUGUGGAUGCGCAACAGGCUCCCAACCGCAUCUUUUUUGUGUCUGCUAAGGAGGUGUUGAAUUCCAGGAUGCAUCGGGCCCAGGGCAUGCCAGAGACAGGUGGUGCCCUAGCCGAGGGCUUCCAGGAAAGGCUGAAGGAGUUCCAGAGCUUUGAGAGAACGUUUGAGGAGUUUAUUUCACAGUCGGCGGUGAAGACCAAGUUUGAGCAGCACACCAUCCGAGGCUGGCAGAUCACCGAGUCUGUCAAGGCCAUCAUGGAUGCUAUCAACAUCACCUCGGCCGAGCAGAAGGUGCUGUCUCUGGAGGAGCGCGAGUCACUCAUGGACCGUCUGGAGUUUGUGCGCGAUCAGCUUAACGUGUUGACUGAGGACGUCAAAGAGAAGAUCAAGGCCACCACCGAUGAAGUGGCUGCCAAGGUGACUGCUGCCAUGCUUGAGGAGAUCAAGGGUCUGUCUACUCUGGUGAAUGAGUUCUGCUCUGACUUCAGUCCCAACCCCAAUGCCUUAGCUCUCUACAAAACAAAGCUGCAGAUAUACGUUGAGGAGCGGAUGGGCAGGAACUUGGCCUACCGCUGUGCCAGCAGCAUACAUGGCCAUAUGCAGUCCUCACAGAGAAACAUCAUGGACAGCAUACGUCCCCUGCUGCUCCCCUCUGCCAGGUCCAACCUGCACCUCCACCUGCCCAGCCACAAGUUUGACAUCUCCUUCGACUUGAACUUGGCCACCCUCUGUGAGGACUUCAGGGGAAACAUCGAGUUCCAGUUCUCCCUGGGAUGGACGGCGUUGGUGCAUCGCUUCUUGGGGCCAGCUAAUGCCAAACAUGCCCUCGUGCUGCUGGACAAAAACAUGCAGGCAGCUGGAUUUGCUACAACUCCCAUGGAUCCCCAGACACAAGAGGACCUAGCCAUCUCCAUGGCAACCAAACUGGCAUCCUAUACCUCCCGAGCCACAAUGGGAUUAGUGGUCAUCUGUGGAGUGGUAUGGCGCUGUCUGGGCUGGAGGCUGAUAGUCUUCUCCUCGGGCCUCUAUGGCAUGCUCUACCUGUACGAGAGGCUCAACUGGACCAACGGCGCCAGAGAGAAGGCCCUGAAGCAGCAGUUUGUGGACUUCACCACCCCCCGCCUGCUGACCCUCACUCCCAUCACCAGCGCCCACUGCAGCCAGCAGGUCCAACAGGAGAUGGUGUCCACAUUCAGCCGUCUGAGCCAGCAGGUGGACAAGAGUGAAGGGGAGCUGGAGACGGACAUCUGGCGGCUCAACUCGCGCAUCCAGCGGCUGGAGAGGGUGCAGAGGCAAUCCAAGACUCUCAGGCACAGAGCAACUGACUUGGAGAGGCAGCUGGAGAUCUUCACCUCCCAGUAUCUGCAUGCCACGCCCUGAGGCCUGGAGAGUGGAGACAUCCAGAAGCACAGGCCCAGUGAAUAAUUCAUCCGGCUACACGUUUGAAACUGGAACAUGGAUAAUUCCUUAGUGGUGUGUGCUAGGGCGGCCACAAUGGUGCUACUUGGAAUGCAUUCCAAUAUGCGACCUUGCGUCCUCCACUGGUGGCCUCACGUUUUGCUGAUGCCCCGCCUCAGUGGAGAAAACAUUUAAGUUUCCUCACUGUCAGCCUUGCCAAAACAAUUUGUGGGGGGGACUAUUCUUCCUUUACCAUCCUAUUUGAAAAUGAGAAAAUAACUUUACAAUUGAGCUUUUGCGAGAUACUGAAAUAUAAUGCUGUUCUCAGUGAUGCCAUCACAACUUAUUACUUCCUGGUACGAGGCCACAAGCACAAGUGGAGGAUGCAAUGUUGCAUAUUGGAACGCACCCUUGGUGAUGCUUUUCAUCCAAUUCUCACCUGUCAAAAAAAGACUCAGACGGUGUACUGUAAAUGGCCAACAGGAUACUUGUGCAAUUCUAUUUUAUUUUAGUAGCAGUACGGUAUUUUAUUAUUUUCCGACCAGGUGUGAUUAAGCUCUGAUUGAAAACUAUACCUUGUGGUUGGGAAGCUAUUUAAUUCUGACGUGAACCUGAGGAUGUCAGUUUAAAUGAAU